UAUCAGUUUAUUAUUUUCAAUUGAAAUAAUUGUACAGUUGCUACGUACUCACUGUUGCUCCCAAACAAGAUUUUAUUUUGAGACGUCAUUUCUAAACCACGCCUUCAAAGUAUAAUGAUGACGUAAUUCCUUAAAAAAAGUGACGAAUGAAAUUUUUGUAAAUGCAUUAAUUCCACGAAAUUGCAAAAUAUUUUACACUUGGACGUGACUUUCUAAAGAUAAAUUUUGUUGGAAUAAAGAACAUAAGGAAUACAGUUUUUUGUUUGUGUUUUUAGUCGAAAAGUAGUUGAUUUUAAAUAAUAAAGUGGAAAGGAGGGAUUCGAGCCAGAUAAGGGAAUAAAACUUAUCGAAAAUGGAUAGCAUCGAGAAUGGAUCAAAUGUUGAUCCGCUUAACUCUUCAUCAUCUGACCAAGGAACAAGUGUUUCAUCGGCAUCAGCAACAACAAAUAUUGUCCAAUUGAUAUCAACACAAAAUUCAAACGCUCAUCAAAUUCACGCGCAGUCCUCUGUUAUACAGCCAAAUCAACAAUCCGUGAUUCAAACAGCUGCCGGAAAUAUACAACCAGUCAAAAGUGUUUUAUUAGUUAAUAGUAAACAACCGAUUAAUAGUUCGGUAAUUCACACAACUCAUCAAGCCAUUCAGAUAAAACCAGAACCAAACAUUGGACAUAUGAUAGAUAGUGAUGCUGAUUCCGAUUUAUCUGACGAUGAUUCUCCUAAAAAGCGAAGGGACUUAUUAACAAGACGUCCUUCUUACCGUAAAAUUUUAAAUGAUUUAGGCGGUGGUGAAAUUGGGGGGACAAUUUUAUCACAAAGUGGAAAUCCCGGUGAACAGGGCACUUUACAUAGCGGUGGAACAAUUGUUCAAUACAGCGGUCAAGAUGGUUUGGUCUCCUACGUCCCAGUUAAUUUGGUGGGCGGUAAUGUGAUAGCAGAGGAUCAGUCACGAAAGAGAGAAAUGAGGUUACUUAAGAAUCGUGAAGCUGCAAGAGAAUGUCGUCGAAAAAAGAAAGAAUACAUCAAGUGCCUGGAAAAUCGAGUAGCUGUAUUAGAGAAUCAAAAUAAGGCAUUAAUCGAAGAACUCAAAAGCUUAAAAGAGCUUUAUUGUCAGCAGAAAAAUGAUUGAAGGAAUAAAAAUGUUCUUUUCUUCAUUUCCUUAUUCGUCAAUGUUCAAACAGUCAUAAAAGAAAAAAAAACACAGAGAAACUUGAAAAGUAAAUGAAAAAGGAUUUAUUUUUUUAAAAAUAUGGAUGUCAUUGAUAUACAGAAAAAGAAGAAAAAAUUAAAAAGUUAAAUAUCAAACUUGCCCAUUUUAAUGAAUUUUCGUAAUUGUGGAACAAUGUUGUUAAAUUCUUGUACCUUAAGUGAAAAAAAAAUUGAAAAAAACUAAGAAAUGAUGAUGAAGAUAAGUUUCUGUAAGAAACCAUCAGAUGUCAUUUGUGGACAGUCCCUUAUUUCUACUUACCGAGAUGUAAUUAAUUGUAAAUGAAUAAAAUAUAUAUGAUAAAAUUUUAAAAAAGUGAUCUGAAAAGAA